AUGACUAAUGAUAUCUCUCGAAAGAAGGGGAAGAGUUCGAGUGAGAAAAAGGCGAAGAGGAAGUCUAGACGAAGAGAGACUUACGCGAUGUACAUCUAUAAAGUUUUGAAACAGGUUCAUCCCGACACGGGGAUUUCAAGCAAAGCCAUGAGCAUCAUGAACUCCUUCGUGAAUGACCUGUUUGAGAGGAUCGCCACAGAGGCGUCCCGGCUGGCUCUGUACAAUAAACGCUCCACCAUCACCAGCAGAGAGGUGCAGACGGCGGUGAGGCUGCUGCUGCCCGGGGAGCUGGCUAAACACGCCGUGUCCGAGGGCACCAAGGCGGUCACAAAGUACACCAGCUCCAAAUGA